ACCCUAGACCGCCCAGUGCGGUUCUUAUACAUUUUGUCUUGGUUACCGCAUUAGUAUCAAACCCACAAACUGGGCAGGUCGGCAAAACUUCGAGCUCCAGACGGCAGUAUCUUGGCUAAAAAACAGGACACUUCUGAAGAUUCUCGGCUUAUCAACUCUAAGGCGCUGAUCUAAUAAAACAAUGGCAGCACUGGAGGCGGAUUUUGAAUCUACCGACGAGGCGAAAUCUACCUACUCCACACAGGCCUUCGCCCUGAGGAAGAAUGGUUACGUGAUGCUGAAGGACCGUCCCUGUAAGAUCGUAGAGAUAAGCACAACUGAAGGAGGAAAACAUGGCGGUGAAAAGGUUACCAUAGUUGGAGUUGACAUCUUUACUGGUGACGAGUACAAGGAUGUGUUCCCCGGCAUCCAUAAGUGUGACGUUCCAAUUGUCUCUCGCAUUGAUUAUGAGUUUGUCGAUCUUUCGGAUGGCGUCAUGAAAAUCAUGGCCGAAGACGGAGAUUUUAGAGACAUAAAGCUACCACAGGGCGAUGUUGGCCACGAGAUACAAAGUCGUCAUCAUCGAGACGAAGUAUUCCUGGUUACUGUUGUGUCCUCCCUCGGUGAGGAGAUGGUCAUUGGCGCCAAAUCAGCAGAAAAAUAG